CACGAGUGAAGCUCCGACUGACGCUGUCCACUGUUCCCACAGAUGCUGUGUAUGAAUGUCUCCUAAAAACUGAGAGGAGUGCACUCUUUCUUUGGAGAUGGAGUCCCAGAAUUCAAACCUGAUCUGUGCCAUAUGCCUGGAGCGUUUCCGAAUCCCAGUAACCAUCCCCUGUGGACACACCUUCUGUCAAACAUGCAUUACAAUUCACUGGGACACCAAGAGCAAGUGUGACAUUGGACCUCAGUGCCCCAUCUGCAAUGAAAAGUUCCCCACCAGGCCCAUCCUCAAGCGUAAUGUGUCCCUGUCGGUCCUGACUGAGGCUGCGAACAGCACAGGGCCCUCCAGUAGAGAGUGUCUCAUGAGGGGAAGCGAAGGGGCCAGAGCCAUGUUGCUUUGUGAUCGCCAUAAAAAGCCUCUGGUUUACUACUGCAGGCAGGACCGAAUGUCUGUGUGCUGCGAGUGUGGCAUCUCUGAAUGCCUGAACCAUGAGAAGGUCUUGUUGGAGGUGGAAAGGGACUAUCAAGAGAUGAUGCUAGAAAGGAAGAAUAAGGAGGUGGUGAAACUCAUGGAAGAAACAGAAAAGAGUAUAAAGGAGCUGGCUGACAAUAUCAGUCAAGCCAAGGUCACUCUCCAGCAGACCUCUGCCUGGGUGAAUGUCAAGUUUUCCAGCCUGAUAAAGAUCCUGGCUGAGAAGCAGGAGGCCACAGAGCUCUUUAUGGAGGAGCAGAAAGAAGCUGCGAUCACAGAGGCGGAGGCACGGCUGGCUGAACUGGAGAGACGCUCCCAGAUCCUCCGGGAGAGUCAGGGACAGAUAGCAACAGUACAAACCCUCGCUGACACGGAGCUCAUUAAGGAAUCAAUGCUCAUAGAAGUCCCCCGUUUUGAGGAUAUACCCACAAAUGUAACGCCAAACCUUCCAGAUCGAUUAAACGGGGUCACAGAUGUCCUGUCCAGAGUCUCCAAGCUGGUGUCUGAGGAUCUGGAAAAAGCUGUGAGCACAGCUGUGGGUCACGACAAAGAUGGUUCUCCUCAGGAUAAGAGGCCGAUCCUAGCCGUGGUUCCAAGUCCAGCUGCUCCAUGCCACCCUGGUGGAAAGGAGGGCCUCAGUGCUUAUCGAUGUGCGUUGACCUUCGACCCUCGCACUGCCAACGGGCACCUGUUCCUGUCGCAGGAGAACCGGAGGGCCGAGCACCUGACCUCCGGGCCACGCCCUGUCCCAGGAAACCCUUCCCGCUUCGAUCACACCUGGCAGGUUCUCUGCUUUCAGGGCUUCACCCACGGACAGCACUACUGGGAACUGGAGGUGUCUAAGCCCUGGGCCUACCUUGGGGUAACCUAUGAGACCAUCCCCAGGAAGGAGAAGGGCAAGAGGUGCAUGGUGGGUAUGAAUGAACUGUCCUGGAGCCUACAGCUGGACGAGCAUCAGCUCAGCGCCUGGCACAACGGCCGAAGGGAGACUCUGGCCAGCCAGCCCCGGCACAGCCGCAUCGGCAUGCUGCUGGACUACGAGGCCGGGACGCUCACGUACUACGGGGACGGGCAAACCAGGCUACACGCCUUCCACUGUGCCUUCACCCAGGAGCUGUUCCCUGCCUGCUGGAUAGGAGAGGGCGUCAGCAUCACCCUCUGCUCCACAUGAGCCAAGGCAAGGAGAGGAAAGGGAGCUGAGAAAUAAGAGCACUAUCAUACACAGGCACUAGCUGACUCAACUUAGAAAAUAUCCCUUUAACAUUAAGGAGGUUUUUUUCUUUCUGCCUUCCUGCUGAAGGGCUUUUCUCUCCCAAACAGACCUUCUAUCUUAAACCAAUUCACAGCUUUACUGACCACGUGAAAGAGUAGCAAACUUGUUCUGAAGGCAAUUAGCAUCUUACAAAGAUGCAUCAAUAAUUCAGUCAAAUAAUUGCCAAAUAUUAUGACUAUCAAUGAAGGUAUUGCCAUUUUUCUCAAGCAAACAUGUUGGAAACAUGCUGUCUCCAGCUUCCUUCAAGGAGGUAUUUGUAGCAUUUAUGUGCCCUUUAAGACAGGAUAUGAUGAGCAUUGGACUUUUAGUUAUUUAAAACAAGCAAUUCAGAAACUUUGCUAGCUCUAGGAAUUAGCAAAAAGCAUUUUCUCAUUUUUUACUAACAUUUUAGUAAACAAUCAGAAUGUUUCUAAAGGAAGCCACAGCUUCAUUUUAUGUUCUGUUCUUCAAUUAUUUAUAAACCACAUUAGUUUUAAGAUCAAUCAUGCUUUCACUGAUAUAACGGCCAUUUUCUUCAACAAGUAUGUCAGUUUAUUGUGCUUUUACUUUACCUACACUCAUUUGGGAGUCCCUGUGUUCUUUCAUAGCAGUAAGCAGGUAUUAAUGGAGGACUUUGAGACUAACUAUGACAUGGUAGGGUUUAAUUACAAGAGGCACAAAGGACUUUCUUAGCUGUUCGGUUAGCACUGUGUUAGUUUAAGAAUAACACGUUAUUUCUACCCUGAAAACUUUUGUAUUUUUUUCCUGAAGUGUUCUUGAUGCAUUGUGUGUGGCACAAACACUCCUUCUGCCAACUCGUGUUGCACAUUAAAUUUGACCUGCAACAAAGUGUUCACUCCCUUAGAUGUUUCACCCUUUUUAUUGAAUUUCUAUAAUUAACCAUGGUCAGAAUCAUUUGGCUUUUUGACACAAAAAUUUUACUAAAAAUCCUCUUUAAUGUCAAAGUGAAAACAGAUUUCUACCAAGUAAUGUCAAUUAAAUAAAAAUAUGUAAUGUAGA